UAGGGUUACCCAACUCAGGGUUUCACUAAACCCGCUUUCUGGAAUACCCCCCAGAUCUUACUGGAUUUGUCUCUCUGAGCUACCCGUCUGUUUCUAUAGUAACUCAAUAUUGAUUGUACCGACGUACCUGGACCCCUCUGGAGGCUAGCAACUCAUUGUCUUUGGAAUGCAAUAAGUACUUGCUACUGUGUUAGAGCUAGCUGACUAGAUUCCUUGCCUUUACGGUAUUCACCUGCUAAUGAUAGUGUAAAUUCAGCCACAUAACGCGUUAACUAUCUUGCUAUAAAGCUUCCAUUCAGAUGUGCUGCUACCGUUUUGCUAGCUACUGAAGCUAGAGCUAUACAUUGUCCAAAUGUGUUCAAAAUGUUAGCUAACAAGCUAAAUUACGCAAUAGCUUUAUAAACUGUCAUUUUAAUUGGACAGCUAACCUCGGGCAAGGAAACCUUGAUGUUUGGUUAACUAGCUAGCCACCAGCAGCAGAGGAAGACCACAGAGAUGAGAAACUCCCAAAUUAUAUAUUGGAAUAGAGGAAGUAGUUGGCACUGAUAAGUAGAGAUGACUCAGGCGGGAAUAGUGGUAUUGCCCAUAUGGGGUCUGGCACUUCCUCUUCCUGCCGUGCUUCUGAUAGCUGUUGGCCUUUACAUGAUCUUACUCGCGAUGGUGCUAUGGUUUUGUCAUUGCCUUAAGGACCACUGCUGCUCAGAGUGUGGAGAGUGCUGUCCAAAUAUUGCACCUUUUGAAUACUGCAUUGCAUGUGCAGAAUCUUGUGACUGUCGUUUUCCAUCACUUCGCUCCUUUCUUGAUCAAAUGUGCCCAUCUCCUUCUUCUCUACAGUGGCCUGCAUGGGACUGUGCCUGCACCUGCCAGUCUCCAGAGUGUGAGUCAUGCAAUUGCCUCUGCUUUGAGAUCAAGGUCAGGUAGACCAAGUCCAAGCAUUGCAUAGAACUGCAAGAUGGUUUGUGAUUUUAUUUGGGCCUCAGAUAAAGUGGUAGACUACCAUCCACCCAAAAUUGUUGUUUCGUGUAGUCAGUAAAUGUGUAAAGCAACUGUAUGAUAUCCAUAAGAGUGCCAUGGAUGUGUCACUGGGAAACCAACCAUGUGAAGUCAGUUCAAGGGCUAUAUGCAUGAAGUGUCAAUGCUUCACUCCACAAGUUCUUGAAAAGCGUGCUGCAUGUUUCAUACAAGUCGUAAUUAGCUUUUGCCUUAUUUAAACAUUCUACAUUUGAGAUUACUAUAUAUUUAGAUGUCACCCAGUUCAAAUUGUAUAUGACAAUACUAGGUGUGCUUUGCAUAUCUGAGUCUGAUCAUUUAAAUGUGUUUUUCUUAACAUUUGUAUGUUGAAAGGCUUUUGUGGUACUGUGAAAUUAAAUUGAAAACAGGACUAAAAUGUGUUUUAAUGCUUUUCUGUAAUAAAAAGAGAAUGGCA